AUGGUUGAACUCCUGAGUCUUGAUGAUUUUAAGCACAUUGAUCCCAAUGGAGAUCCUUUCGAAUGGUUGCUUCAAAUAGCCAAAUUUGAGGGAGAGAAACUGCAGGAAAACCAUGAUCAUGGCCGUUCCAAUGGUUUCGAAUACAAUGCACAGCUACCUGAGUUUCUUUGCAAGAAAGAAAGCAUGGGGUUCGAAAAAAAUGGUGGGAAGAAAUCAAAACGCAAGUUGAAAGAAGAAGAUGGUGAUGGAGAUUGGGGAAGUGGACUGAAACCCAAGUUGAAAAGACGCAAAAAACAGAAACCCCAAUCCUCAAUCACAACACCCGACAUGCCGGACACUUUCAAACGGCACAUACUUGAAGAUGGUGAUCGAGAACGAGGAAGUGAACUGAAAUCCAAGUUGAAGAGAAUCAAGAAACAGAAACCCUCUUCUCCAAUCCCAACACCCGACAUGCCGGACAGAUUCAAACGGUACAUACUUGAAGACAUGGGUGGUUCUGGUUUGGUUCUAGUCAUUCAGAAGACCCUCUUUUUCUCCGACGUUAAUCAUACCGCCAGCCGCUUCUCCGUACCCUUCUCGCAAGUCAAAAGCCACGACUUUCUGACGAAAACAGAGGCUGAUGACUUGGCUCACAAGAAACCAAUGCAAGUGUGCUUCUUGGAUCCAUCGAUGGAGAAAACUACCAUGACUUUUAACAGGUGGGAUAUGGGGAAAAACUCACUCUACGUGAUGAUCGAAUCGUGGAACUCAGUAGUGGAGAGCAACAAACUCAAGAAGGACGAGAUUGUGCAAAUCUGGUCUUUCCGAAUGAAUUCAGAGCUAUGCUUCGCAUUAGUCAGAGUCUAA